AGCCUACCCCAAACCCGAAUUCAAGUGGUACUACGCCCUAAACUCCUCCCCUCUGCUCUCCUCCUCCGAAGGCCACUACAUCAUCAACACAAGCGUCGACGACAACGACAUCUACACGAGCAUUCUUAAAAUAUCCAACAUAAAACCGGCCGACUACGGCAUCUACAACUGCCAGGUCAUCAACAACCUGGGCAGCAUCGAGGCGAAAAUUCGCCUGCAGCCCAAGGGAGCCCCAGAGAAACCCACCCAGGUGGCGUCGAUUUACACCGGUCCCAACUUCGUCACGCUAAAUUGGGAGCCGGGAUUCAACGGGGGAAUUUUCAACACCAAGUACUUUGUGUCGUACAAGAAGGCGACCGGCGGCGACGAUAACGCGGAUAAGUCGGUGGAGGGAUGCGGGACCGUGUCGCGCUCGACGGACUGGUCCGAAGUCGAUUGUCAGCAGAAUAUUCCGUGUAAUGUUACGCAUCUCGAUCAACAUCAAAUUUAUAAUUUUAAGGUAAAAGCUCUGAACAUUAAAGGAAACAGUGAAGAUUCUCAAGAGAUAAGUAUUACAACGAGAGUCGACAAAAUUCCUCUACCGCUACGCGUGGCUUACGAUCCUUCCUCUCACCGUCUCUCUGUGAACAUUCCGGUCACUUGCCUUCCACUGAUGGCAGUAGUGGAGACGAUAAGCAACGAACAUCUACCUUUGACCAACUGGCAGGUGGUCGACACCUUCGCCCUGCAAGUUUCUGGGUUGUCUCCCACGUACAAGGAGGCGAUCUUACAUCAGAUGACUUCGAGAAAUUACAAAGGAAUGGGUCGCUCGCUUGUCGAUGAGGAACCCAUCGGAAUCAAUGAUGAUUUCAACACGAGAGUUCGCGUAAAAUUCUGUUUGCGCACCCAUAACGAACACUGUGGACUGCCUUUGGAAGCGGAAUUAGGUUCGGCUUAUAUAAAAGAAGCUUCGGCCGUAACCACCUCGACCUUCAUCGCAAUUAUCGUCUCGUGCAUCGUAGGUAUCCUGUUCGUAGUGGUAUUGUUCAUGUUCUGCCGGUGCAAACGCAACCAGUCGAAGAAAUCGCAAUCUAAAGAUUACGAAAUGGACUCGGUGCGUCCAACCAUUAUGGCCCAACAGAACCAAGCGCCUCCCCCCUAUUACCCAUCGAACGGCAUGGAAAACAAGGCUCUCGAACACUCCUUGGAUUUGGCAUUGGCAAUGGAGGAUCCGAAGAAUUCCGUUUACGCAUCCCAAAACGGUUACGGUUACAUACCGAACCCCAACAUCCAAACCCAUCAGGUCAUCAACAAUGGCGAAUGGGCGAACGUCGGUUACAUGGACUCGAAUUACUCCAACUCGAACAACGGCGGAAGCGUCAACUCCCAGGACUCCCUGUGGCAGAUGAAGAUGGCGGCCGCGGCGAACAACUCGGCGACUCAGCUACAAAACGCUCACUUAGAUAGGCAAAAUUCGUACGGUUACGAUCCGAUUACGCACGGGGGGUACGGCGCCGUCGACGAUUACGCACCGUAUCCGCAUAUCACCACGCAAAGUAAUCACGGCGAUGAUUACAUGAGGAGUAGUAAUAAUCCGUCUCGACAGGAAUAUUGUAACGAUCCUUACGCCGCAGUUCAUAAACCGAAGAAACGAGUCGAUCAACAUAUUGGUAAGUGGCAACUCACAGGACGCUUUUCCUUCAAACACUUUUGUAGAAAAGAAUUCUUCUUAUCCUUGAAAUUCAUACAAAGAAAUCUGCUAGGAUAUCUUCUUUAAAACCGUCCUAGAGAA